AGUGAGAGAAGCAUUGGAAGAACUUGGGGACAGAAACAACAUCAGUCUGUUUAUUUAUUCAUUUUUGUCACAUAUUCGUUCUUCAAGAACAGACCUUUCGCCGGCGGACUCGAGUUGUAGCGUUCACAGUUGCUGAAAAUCUUAAGAAUUUUUUUUUAUUAGUUUUGUGAAGAAUUCGAAAAGUACUAUUUCAAAUAUGUUUCCUGAGGCCACCAGCGGGUAUAGCUACGAGGAUUGCAGGGCCACGGCCGAUUGGCUCCUUGCUCAGACAGCCAUACGCCCCCUGGUGGGGAUUGUGUGCGGCUCAGGUAUGGGAGGGCUAGCUGACAUGCUCAAGGAUCCCGUCAUCUUCAACUACAGGGACAUCCCGAACUUCCCCCAAAGCACAGUUCAUGGCCACGCAGGACGGCUGGUGUUUGGGACCCUUAAAGGGAGAUCUUGUGUUUGCAUGCAGGGCAGGUUCCACCUCUAUGAGGGAUACCCCAUUCAGAAGAUCACUCUGCCGAUGAGAAUAUUUAAACUGUUGGGAGUUGAAACAGUGAUGCUGACUAACGCAGCUGGCGGCCUCAACGAGGACUUUAAAGUCGGAGACAUCAUGGUCAUCAAAGAUCACAUCAACAUGCCUGGAUUUGCCGGCAAUAACCCCCUAUCAGGGCCCAACGAUGAAAGGUUCGGCGUACGGUUCCCUUGCAUGUCGGACGCAUACGACCGCGAGCUGCAGCAGAUGGCGAUGGACGUCGGAGCGGAGCUCGGCUACAGCGAUUUCCUGCGGGAGGGCGUGUACUGCGUUCUCGGCGGGCCGUCUUUCGAGACGAUCGCUGAAUGCCGCAUGCUCCACAAACUCGGAGCCGACGCAGUUGGUAUGAGCACAGUUCACGAGGUGAUAGUGGCACGUCACUGCGGAAUGCGUGUGUUCGCCCUGUCUCUGAUCACCAAUAAAGCCGUGAUGGACUAUGACAGCGAAGAGAAAGCCAAUCAUGAGGAGGUCCUACAAACGGGAAAGCAGCGCGCCGAGCAGCUGGAAAGACUGGUGUCCACCAUGGUGAUGCGCCUCGAGCACAACAGCAACUACGCUUGACUGUUCUCAGAUCAGUCCAGAGCCGACGAGAGACCACCGAUUCUUCAAAGCCGACGAGAUCUCACGUGCGCCUGUUUGACUGAUCUGAUCCCAGAUCAGUCAUGAAGCGCUCACCUUACAGAUCCCUUUGAUUUCUUGUUUUCUUCUUUUUUCUUUAACAACCUGUACAUUCCUGUAAUGGGCAACAAGGAACGUGGAACUCUAUAAGCGACCUGUAAAUGUCUCAGUAACUUUAAUACUGAUCUUUAAUGUGGUGUAUAUGUCUUAAUUUAGCCUGCAAUCUUCUGUAUUUUGUUUUUGUUUGUUUGUUUGUUGGUUUGUUGGUUUUUUGAUUAACUUAUCUGGUGAAUGUUAAAAGAUGUACAGUAGGAGCCUGUAAGAUUCUUAUUUCUUGUUUCUAUUUCUCUUAUUCUUUUUUUUUAAACAUUAUUACUAAAGUUAUUAUUUAUUUCA